CUAGAGGCGGAACUGCUCAGAGUAGCAGGGAAUGGGUUCGGCUCGUUCAGCUUAGCUUCAGUGACUCUGACACAGACAUGCACUGACAACGUUAGCCGCGGUGUAUUCCUUUACGUGGACCAGGCAGUGUAGACGUAGUGUUUGUUUGUAACGUCGCAGUAGCUUAAAAAAAUUCAAAACAAAUGAUGCGUUUCAUGCUGCUUUUCAGCCGGCAGGGGAAGCUGCGUCUGCAGAAGUGGUACACCGCCACAGCGGAGCGCGACAAGAAGAAGAUGGUCAGGGAGCUGAUGCAGAUAGUGCUCGCCCGCAAACCAAAGAUGUGCAGCUUCCUCGAAUGGAGGGACCUCAAGAUUGUCUACAAAAGGUACGCCAGCCUGUAUUUCUGUUGUGCAAUCGAAGAGCAGGACAACGAGCUGAUCACACUGGAAGUCAUCCACCGCUUUGUAGAGCUUCUGGAUAAAUACUUUGGCAGUGUAUGUGAGCUGGACAUCAUCUUUAACUUUGAGAAGGCCUACUUCAUCCUCGAUGAGUUCCUGAUGGGAGGAGAGAUCCAGGAUACGUCUAAGAAGAGCGUCCUCAAAGCCAUCGAACAGGCUGACCUACUGCAGGAGGAGGACGAGUCCCCCAGGAGUGUGUUGGAGGAGAUGGGCCUGGCGUAGUACACAGCAGCCGUGUGAGAGACUAUAGAUACUAUAAGGCGGAGGGGGGGGGGGGGGGACACAAUCUGGGAUUGAACUUGCUUGGACUGACAGCGUUGGUUCUGUGUAUCUUUGGCUCUGGAGUGUUUAACUGGGGAGGAGACUCAGUUAAGAAUGGAAGAUCCUUGCAUUGACCGGCCCUUAGGUGUGUGUGUGUGUGUGUACAGUGUGUGUGAUAAGAGCGUGGGGUAGAGGAAAUGGGAUACAUUUAAACGUGUGUGGCAGCGGGGGGUUGUGUGUUCAGAUUUUUAAAGUUAGUCAGGCACUGCAAGUGGACUGAGACUAGGUCAGGGAAUUGGGUAAUUAGAUAAAAGCGGCAUCACCUAAAUGAUGAGUCUGAUGCUAUUUUUUGUAUUUUCAUCAAUUCUCAUGAAAAGACCAACAAUAACAACGUGUUAGUUCAUCUCGCACGCAAAACUCUCUGACUUCCCUAAGCUGUCGGUUACACUCAGCUCCAAGCACAUUGGUUCCUGCCCAAGAUGUUCAUGUUUUUAAAUUCAUUUA